CCGCUGCAGCACUCGCGGUCAGUGAUUUCGUUAUCCUUUUGAAUAGGCGUCCGGUGCCCUCGAAAUCAUUGCUAUCUGGUAUCGGCGACUUAAUUCCUUACCCAUAUAUUAUGGCAGCAUCACCGCGCAAGAGAGCGGGAUCCGCCUUCGACCAAACAUGGCACGAGACCGACACCGCGUUUCUCGAUCCUGCAUCACUACCUAUUUCCAAAGUCCCCCGAGCAUGGGAGCGCAAGUCUGAGAUUAUCACCUCGCGUACUGGCAAACAGAAGAAAGUUUGGCGCCGACAAACAACGCGACCCAACCCAGUAAACACCACCCCCGAGGAAGACGAGGACGAAGAGGAGCAAGAUUCACGGUCCAGGCCUGUGAAGAAGCUCCAGCGCGUCAAACCAAAUGAAAUUGAGUUUGAAAACAUGCGACCAAAUUCUAAGAAUCGCGCAUUCAAGACGACGCGCUGGGACAGAAGGAAGAGUGUGCUCCCAAGAAAGAAAAUCUCGACGAACGAUGCUGCGCGACAGUCCGAGGACGAUUCGAGCUAUGUCAACGAGGAGAUGGGGGACUCGGGUGCCGAGGAUGAGAAGCAUUCGCAGACAGCCUGGACAGGUCACCACGAGAGCACAACAUUAUCCACAAAACCCAUCGUAGAGGAAAAGGAAAGGAGAUCAACAUUCACAUUCACUCCUGAUUCACAGCAAGAUGAAGCACAAUCUCCUGAGAUUAGCGGUACACCAAUUGAGGACACGGAUGAUAUGAUUCAAACUGGCGAGGAUCAUAUCCCAUCUGCCUCCGACCUUGUUUGUGUGGACUCAGAUCAUAACACGGAUGUACGAAUUCCUGUUGAACAUGAAUCGACCCCAAUGAUUGAGAGAAGAGCACCCUCACCCGCCCCCCCUACCACCGUCCAUUUGGCAAGUCCCGCUUCUUCAGGCGCAACAAAUCUGGAUCUACCUAUGGAGGAGACAGUCGAACAGUCAAUAUCCAUUGCACCCAAGGAAGCAUUCAAUGCAGCACAUUCCGAGCAAGUCGGGGACAUCGAAGAGGAUAUCGCUAGCAAGGCAGAGUACGAGACGGAAGACUCUCAAGCCUCUGUUGUGACUGAGCUAGCACAAGUCACCCAAGAGGCCUCUGAGCUGGAACAAGAAUGUGAGGAGCAUGAUAUGCUGCCUACGUAUGAGAUCGACCAAUCGACAGAGGUUACAGGGGCUCCAUCAGAGGCAAAUCCUUUCAUUACCGAGGAGGAUGACUUGUCGGUCGAGGACGAGCAGGCAAUUGAGGAAGACACCCUGACAGAAGCUUCACUGCAGUUCGACAUGCAGCGCGCAUGGGAAUCGGACGCGAUGGUAUCGAUUCCCGACACAAAUGCUACAGAGACUUCGACUGUCGCCGAUCGUGGUAUGAUUCAGUCCGAAGAGGAAGAGCUUACGGCAGCUCUAGAGGAAGAGACGACCAUGGACAACAGCGAAGUGCUUGAGCAGUCGUCUGCGAGUGACUCUGCAGCUGGAAUGAUUCCAAGUGACAAGGUAGACGGACCUCGGGAUGGUGAUACGCCUAUGGAUGGAAUAGAGGACAUCGCAGAUGGACUCACUCUCAAACAUUCCAUGCCCGAGUUGCGGGCUACGGGUAGUCGUAGGCUGCGAUCUCCUUCGCCUCCUCCCCGGAUGGAGUCAGGGCCAGACGAUGCGACUGCUACCAUAUACUUCGAUGAAGACACAGCGCUACUAAAGGAUUUUCUCAACAGAGCUGCCGCAAGCAAGGCAGAGAAGGCGGCUACCAUCGUACGCCGAACCUCUCUCCAGAACCGGCGCGACUCGGACGCAGUUCGUCAAGCUCUUGCGUCACCCAGAAAAGUACUUGAGGAUAAGGACCCCAACUCGCCUGCCAAGAACGACAGCGAGGUCACUGUAGACCUUUCCGAGACUCUUACGCUCAGCGUUAGCGACCUGCCUUCGCUUUCCCCGCCACCUGAACAGCCCGCUUCAGAGGAGGCCAAAUCCACCAGCAGCUCGAGACGGUCAACACGCACUCGCAAAUCUCGUCUUCCUGCACCUGCCACAAUGGCGCCACCAGCGACAGGUCCCAAAAGCAUUUCACUACGGCGAACGGAUGGCGGAGAGCCUGUUGUUCUUAAGCGGACAGAGGCUCAGGAGCUAGGACUGCUUACACGAAACAACACACGCAAGAACAAGCAGGGUGCAGUGUCUGUCAACCACCGGCUUCUCAAACUUCACGUUGAGUCAAUGAAGGACGUGAGCCAAGACUCCACAUCGAACGCUUCGGCAAUUGCUCUACCAGGCAAGAAAAGCGUCAAGUGGGAUGAGACUCUUGCAUACUACCAAGAACAUAAGGAUACUGCUGCAAAUGCGCUUGCGGAAGCCCAAUCUCUCGCCACCCCUGACGAACUGAGUGUGUCGGUCGCUCCUCCGACAAAGAGGAAGGUCAAGGAGCCCAAGCAUAAGGGCUCCAGCUCGACCCCACGGAUCCGACGUUUGAAAGGACUCGGUCCUGGAUCUGCUACAGCUUCCGUUAUGUCUGCCGAGCCUCAAGGGGACCAGGAGCCUGCAGAUGCAGACGAACAGAAACAGCCAUCACGGGCGAGCAAGCUCAAGAAGCUACCCAUUGCACCUGGAACUUCAGAAACUCCAUCCUUGAACUCGCCUGCUAAAAAGGUACCUUUGGCCAUGUUGACUUCACCAGUCAAGAAGCUUUCGAUGCCUUUCCUCAACUCUCCCGCAAAGAAAGCCCUUCCCCUGGAGAUUGCACCCGUAGGCGUUGAUGUCGACUCAGAGGCCAAGCGUUCGAAGGAGCGUAAGAGUCGAUUGGCUACACCAAGGAAGGUGAAGCUACCUCCACCUACCGUCAAUGGAGCUGUGCCCGUCGACGGCAAGGAGAACCAAUUGACAAAGGGCAUAGGAGCAGCAACACCGAAGAAAGGACUCAGGUUGCCCGAGGUUCACAUACCGCCAACUGUCGAGAGUGGACUGCCUAGGAGGCGCGCUGCAAGGAAGUAGCCGAGAUUGGAGUUUGAUGUCGCUUACGUGUUCAUGAUUGUCCAUGAUUUACAAUUAAUCAUUUUGAAUUUGCAUCUCGAGGAUUAGCGGUGGCGUUCAGGGGUUCAGAAGCAACUGAGAGUUGCAUUGUCAUUCUGGUAGGGGUUAUUCGGAGUAUAUAAUGGAUCGGAGGCGGUCAUUCAUGCUGAGUCCUGCUCGACAGACCAGGCUUUCUACAUCAGCACUCUUAUA